UUUGUUCCUUAUAGCGCUAGAACCGCUGUUACUGGCGCUGGCAACAAAAUACAGAAAGUAGGAGGUUGAAUUGGGGUAUAAGACCGCACUCGGGCCAAUUGCACAAAUCUACCAACGCAAGACCCCCAAUCCUUCAAUCCCCUUCCGUACUCUCUCCAAAAAUGCACCUCCCUUUCACGACCUUCGAUGUCUUCACCUCCACCCGCUACCUCGGCAAUCCCCUCGCCAUCGUCUGCGUCCCACGCGCCCUCCGCUCGCAACUCACAGAAUCCCGCAAACAAGCCAUCGCAACUGAAUUCAACCUCUCAGAAAUCGUGUUCCUACACGAGGUCCCCAAAGGCGAGGACGGGGAGGGAGAAGUCGCAGACUACGACAUCUUCACCGCGCGGUCGCGCAUAAGCUUCGCGGGCCACCCGACGGUCGGGACAAGUAUUUAUAUUGCAAGACAUAGGAACGAGUAUGCGGGUGUGAAGAAACUGAGGACGGUUGCGGGCUUAGUUGAGUUUGUAUAUAGUGAGGAGGGGGGUGGAACAGCAUCCGUGAAAGUCCCGCACGACGUGCAUAUCCACAAAGCGAGGUUGCCACAUCCUCUACCAUCGCCGGAUAUGAAUCCAACGUCUUCGACUACAGUACCUCUUGUUUCGAUUGUGAAGGGUAUGGCGUUUAACCUCGUGCCGUUGUCGACACUGGAAGCGUUGGGCUCUGUCUCUGAAGGCCUCGUUCCUGUAGCUGACGUAUUCGCUUGCGAGUACCUCGAUAAAGGAUCUGGCUGGGAUGCCGGACUAACUGGGACGUUUUAUUUUGUCGACUUAGGCUGCGAUCCUGAUUCCCCUGACAGGCAGUUACUGAGGACGAGGAGUAUUGGGUCGAGGGAGGAUCCAGGGACCGGGAGUGCGAGUGCGGCGUUGUGUUCUUAUUUAGCGUUGCAAGAAGGGGUUGAGAAGGGACGGGGCCCGUUUGAGUUUCAUCUUGUGCAGGGGGUGGAGAUGGGGAGAAGGUGUGAUAUUUUUGUCAGUGUGGUUAGAAAGGCUGGGGGGAGGGAGAUUGAGGAGAUUAGGUUGAAGGGGGCAGCGGUGGAGGUUAUGGAAGGGGUUAUCGAAGUUUAGUGGCUCGUAACAAGUGUUGCAAAGCUGAGACCAUG